AUGCCCCCUCUAAAUAUAGCCCAGGGAAGUGAGCUCAGGCCUAUUUUAAGACCAAAUUGGGAGGCUGCGAGGCCUUUCCCAGGAUCCCAAAAGAGCCACUGCUGUCUUUGUCCAGUUCUGCUACUGGGCACUCUCAUCGGGGCCCGAAUACAUAUGAACGCCAUGCCUGAGGAGACCCAAGAAGACACUGUGUUGCCAAUGCAGAACCAGAGGAGCAGGGGAACACUGGCUCCUAACAACGUGCAGGAGGUACGUCUGCACCGAGUGGAGUCCAUCAGUGACCUACACAGUGGAGGUUCACUACAGCCCUAUUUGGCUGAAGAGGCACAGACGUGGGAAGAGCUUCUGGGUGUCUUGCCGCCAGCACUGUGUACCCAAGCUGAUUGCAGCCCCAUGUGUGGCCGUGGGGGGUUCCUACUGCUAUUGGCACUGCUAGUAUUCACCUGCCUGGCAUUAGCCAUCCUGGCUGUCUACCUAAGUGUGCUGCAGAGCGAAUCCCUGAGGGUCUUGGCACACACACUGCGCACACAAGAGGAGACGCUGCUCAAAUUGCGCCUGGCUAGCCUCAGUCAGCUAAGGAGGCUCAACUCCAGCGAAGCUCGGGCACCCAGCUGAGAUGCCAUUUGUAUGUGAGGGGGGAGAUAAAGGGGCCUUUGGCAGGUCUCUGUUCUCCCAUUGAUGGCUAGCAACAUCUACACAAUUUCCUUGGUGAGAUUUCUGUACAAGUGCCUGACGUGACUCAAUAGCUUCCUGCCGGUCUUGACCUCUUCAGGUUAGGCCUGAUCAAGCCUUCUGGUGCCAAGGCUCUCCUUUGGAUAGCCAAAGGUCAGAGGAUGGGGCACCAGCCGCCUCCUGGCUCCUCCUAUGGCCUGUCAGCACCCUUUGGCCACCCCCAGAUAGGAGAUUCAGAAGUCUAGAAAUAGCUGUCCCCGCUUGGCCACCCACUCUGCCAGGCAUCCUAGUGGGGGGUCCAGUCUCAGUUCUCAGACAAGCUAAGCUGAGUUGGGGGUGGGGGACCAUGCAGGCAGACUGCCUUGGAGGGCAAAGAUGAAAUAGAGAUCUAGCUGGGGCCAAGCCUAGGGUGGGAGAUGAGAGGGAAGGUCAGCAAAGGACUCAGGAUAAAGGUCACAGGGGGAACAAGUAUUGUUUAAUACUCUGUCAUUUUUAAAAAUCAGCACACACAUUCAUGCUAGGUAGCUUUGCCUACCGUAUGCCAUUGUGGACAGGUGCCAGACCCCCAAAGGAAGUGGCCCCAGGGGGCAAAGUCUAAAAAAGGAAAGGGUCAGUCCUUUCUCACCUGCCCCUCAGCUCUGCGAAUGGUGCACAUUUGGUUUCACCUGAGACAGGACAGGAUGAGGCCAUAGCCACAGGGCUGAGUGCAGAUACAGAGGGCCAGAGUCUUAAGUGUCCUGAUCCCUUGGCCCUCCCACAUUUGUCUAUUUUUGGUUUCAUCAUUAAAAAAAUAAUAAUAAAGUGACAAUCACUGGUGGGGA